AUGGACGAGAACGGCGCAAUCCGCGAAGUCGAUCACGAUGACACAAAAACCACUGCAGAGAAGCACACUUCUUCGGCAGUCGAGAAAGAUCUGGACGAGGUAACUGAGAAACUAGAGAGCACUGAUAUGUUCGCUGGUCUACAGAAGAAGAAGAAGCCAAAGAAGACUGAAGAUGAACCCACCGAAGCAGCACCAGUGGCAGAUGGCGAAUUCGAUCCCUCGUCCUUGAAAAAGAAGAAGAAGAAGACAAAGCCCAAAGACGAUGACUUCGAGGCUAAAUUGGCACAGGCUGGUGUUGAAACUGCAGAAGAGCCUACACCAACGGGAGAGCAGGAAGGCGACUGGGAGAAGGGAACUGGUGUGUUCGCCCACGAUAACAAUACUGCAAUUGCAUACCCCCUUCUACUGGAUCGUUUCUUCAACCUGCUCAACCACUUCAAUCCUGGCAUUUUGGACGGUGGCAGCAAGUCCUACAAAAUCCCUCCUCCACAAUGUCUACGAGAAGGCAACAAGAAGACGAUUUUCGCCAACAUUUCUGAUAUCUGCAAACGAAUGAAGCGAAACGACGAACAUGUUAUUCAAUUUCUGUUUGCUGAAUUGGGUACCAGCGGUUCAGUUGAUGGUAGCAAAAGAUUGGUUAUUAAAGGUCGUUUCCAGCAGAAACAAAUUGAGAACGUCCUGCGAAGCUCAAGUCGGAAAGAGAAAGAGAAUGGCUGGCUAGAAGGGUCGACAUUCGUGUGUUCGGUAAAGGAACAUUUGCGCACGCCUGAUUUUGCACAAGCAUUAGACUGGUCCUUCAUGUUCGGUAGGACAUCAGUGUCAAUGUACAUGGCAGUUCGCUUUGCAGCACGAGCGGCGUUUAGUACUUCUGUCCAAGCUUUCCAUCGAGAGAUUAAGUAG